GUGUAGGUGGAAAGAAACCAAAAGCUGAUUUAUUAUAGGUGAUAGUGCAUUGCCUCCAAAAACGGCAGUAUAAUGCGAUUUCUGUUAAUUGCUCAAAUAACAUAGAGCGUCGUACGUAAUUGUCUCUUCGGACUUGAAAGUACGGUAGUACCGGCUCAAAUGAUUCGACAUUUGUCACCAGUACAAAAACUACCAUCUUAUAGCGGUUUGACCGGUAAAGAUGCGGAAGUGGCAAAGAAGAAGUGCCGACUGAAAACCUCAUGGUCAAUGUCAAUUGCUGUUCUUCGUGCGAUGAGUGGGUAGUAUUCACAAUCUGUGCCACCAGUGCACUUUUCACGUAGGCAGGUCUUAAUUCUCGUUCGGGUCUCGAAAUAAUUUACAGUAGAAAGAGGUCCGACAACCGUCUAUCCCCAACGCGGGGAGAUACCGUUUUCUGAUCGCUGGAGUAUCGUCCUCAAAAUGGAUGUUAACCUGACAAUCGCUUGUUUUGGAGUGUUCAUUAUCGGUGUGUACUCCCAGUCCCCAUAUGCUGGAGGUAUGCCGAGUGGUUACGGUGGUGGUGCUGCACCACAGGCUUCCUACGGAGGAGGGUCGGGUUACGGGGGCGGUGGGGGAGGUUACGGAGGCGGGGGCGGCAGUAACUAUGGGUAUAAUCAGGGAACGGGAGUGUAUUUUAAGAAACCGGUCCCGAUCGAUGAAAAGCCGAUCUUUUUCCGAACACCUUAUUGGUUGCCGAAUAUGUACUACGGUCAUUAUGGCUACCCAUGGACUGAGUGGUUCGACGGUGGUCCACGAUACGUAAUCCCUAUUAUGAACCGAUUCCCACAUGGUGGCGGUAGCACGCAAACAUACGGUGCCGGCUACACAUACAAUACAAAUGGCACUCUGACGGAUAGCUACUCGGGAGGCACAGCAUACGGCAGCACCGACACCAGCGGGACAACCACACAGGAUCCGUUGAAUGAUGGUUUUUCGUACUAUAGGGGUAUUCCCAUGUAUCAGACCUACUAUGAAAAGUAUCUUCUACAGAAAUCUCAACAAUCAACCCCUGCACCGGCUUAACCACGCGUUGAAUAUUGUUACGUUUGAUAUGUUCGUCGUUUGUAAUUUGUAUGCAUGCCUGGUACAUGUUUUGUUGGUUAUCGGCUUCAUUUGUGAAUACUGAUUGAAGUUCAAAGACAUAAAACUGGAAACCAAAC